CACGUGCUCCCCUCCUCUCCGGCCGCGCUGCGGAGCGGGCUCCUUCCCGCCUCGUUGGCCUUUCACCCCAAAAUGGCGGCGCCCGUGGGUCCGAUGAAGUUUUGGAAACCAGGUACAGAUGGGCCUGGUGUCAGCCUAUCAGAGGAAAGGCAGAGUCCUGCUGAAAGUGGAUGUGUUUCAGUCAUCUAUAACCCCUAUGUUUCCCUUUCUAUUGAACAACAGAGGCAAAAGCUACCAGUUUUUAAGCUGAGAAAUCACAUCCUUUAUCUGGUAGAGAACUAUCAGACAUUGGUCAUUGUUGGAGAAACAGGAUGUGGGAAAAGCACCCAGAUUCCUCAAUAUCUAAUGGAAGCUGGCUGGACUGCUGAAGGUCGAGUAGUGGGAGUAACGCAGCCUCGCAGAGUUGCAUGUGUUUCAAUUGCAGGCCGAGUAGCUGAGGAAAGGGGUGCCUUGCUGGGCCAUGAAGUAGGAUAUUGCAUCCGAUUCGAUGAUUGUACUGAUCCUCAGGCAACAAGAAUCAAGUUCCUGACUGAUGGAAUGCUGGUGAGGGAAAUGAUGGCUGACCCAUUAUUAACACGAUACAGUGUAAUCAUGUUGGAUGAAGCCCAUGAAAGAACCUUAUAUACAGACAUUGCCAUUGGUUUGCUAAAAAAGGUUCAAAAGAAGCGAGGAGAUCUUCGUCUAAUUGUAGCAUCGGCCACACUUGACGCAGAGAAAUUUAGGGAUUUCUUUAACCAAAAUGAGACCAGUGACCCAAGCAAAGAUACCAGCAUGAUCCUAACUGUGGAAGGCCGAACAUUUCCAGUGGAUGUCUUCUACAUUCAGAGGCGCAGACUUCAGUGGAGGAGGGCUUCGGGAACCUUCCCCCGUCCCCUUCUGCACCGGCCAGCUGGAGCAGACUUCAGACGAGUGCUACGGGGACUCGGUGGAAUCUUCAUGCUUUUCCUCCCCUGGAAUCUUAGUCCUCCCCUUCCCCCUCCACAGAAGGGAUAUGGGCAAACCUGGCAGCACCUUCAUGCCCUCUCUCCUCCUCCACAAAAGGAGAUGGACAGUCCUGUUCCAGAUUAUGUGAAAUCAACUGUGGAAACUGUCAUGAAAAUUCAUCAGACAGAAGGUGAUGGGGAUAUUCUGGCAUUUUUAACUGGCCAGGAGGAGGUUGAAACUGUUGUUUCAAUGCUGAUAGAACAAGCACGGAUCCUUGCUCGCACAGGAAUGAAGAAACACCUGCGUGUUCUUCCUAUGUAUGCUGGGUUGCCUGCUUCUGAACAGAUGAAAGUUUUUGAGCGGGUAUCUCAUAAUGUUAGAAAGGUCAUAGUGGCUACCAAUAUUGCAGAAACAUCUAUCACAAUCAAUGGAAUUUCAUUUGUGAUUGACUGUGGCUUUGUGAAGCUCCGUGCAUAUAAUCCCAAAACAGCAAUUGAAUGCCUUGUGGUCGUGCCAGUAUCAAAAGCCUCGGCUAAUCAGAGGGCAGGUCGUGCAGGCCGGAAUCGUUCAGGAAAAUGCUACAGACUUUAUACAGAAGAAGAUUUUGAGAAGUUACCACAAUCCACCAUUCCUGAGAUGCAGCGCAGUAACCUUGCACCAGUCAUCCUGCAGCUCAAAGCUUUAGGAAUUGACAAUGUGCUAAGGUUCCCCUUCCUCUCACCUCCACCUGCUCAAUCUAUGGUUCAAGCUUUGGAGCUACUCUAUGCAUUGGGAGGGCUUGAUAAAUAUUGUCGUCUUACUGAACCUCUUGGAAUUAGGAUAGCAGAGUUUCCUUUGAAUCCUAUGUUUGCUAAGAUGCUUCUAGAAUCAGGGAAUUUUGGUUGCUCCCAAGAGAUCCUGAGCAUUGCAGCCAUGAUGCAAAUCCAGAAUGUCUUUAUGAUUCCUCCAAACCAGAAGUCACAAGCUAUCAGAGAACACAGAAAAUUUGCUGUUGAAGAGGGUGACCAUCUCACUAUGCUUAAUGUCUAUGAAGCCUUUAUCAAACACAACAAAAGUUCUCAAUGGUGUCAAGAUCAUUUUUUGAACUACAAAGGCCUUGUCAGGGCCACAGCUGUGAGAGAACAGCUGAAAAAACUCCUUGUCAAGUUCAAAGUACCGAAAAAAUCCUGUGAAGGUGAUCCAGAUCCUGUUCUAAGGUGCAUAGUUUCUGGAUUCUUUGCUAAUGCAGCCAGAUUUCAUUCCACGGGAGCCUACAGGACUAUCCGUGAUGACCAUGAACUUCAUAUCCACCCCACUUCAGUGCUAUAUGCAGAGAAGCCCCCUCGUUGGGUAGUCUACAAUGAAGUCAUACAGACCUCAAAAUAUUACAUGCGGGACGUGACAGCUAUUGAGUCUGCGUGGCUGUUGGAACUGGCCCCUCACUUCUAUCAGCAAGGAACGCACCUGUCCCUGAAAGCCAAAAGAACUAAAGUUGAUGACCACUGACUCACCUUUGCCGUUGAAGUUCAUGGUGCGUGAUGCUGAACUUUCCGCCAAUUGAAACUCUGCUACUGUCCAUCCAGUUAGUUGAUUAGCAACCUGACCCCAUAUCGACUAUAAAUUUUGAAAUGCCUGCCUGCCAGGUUCCUGUAGGAAUUUAUGCAUGAUCAAUACAUUGUAACUGAAGUAGAGCUUGCAUUGUGGACAUUUUAUCCAGCAGUCUUAAUCGUGCCAACUGCUCCUGCUCACCAGGAUGUUUUGCUCCUUUUAAACUAAGUAGGAAAAUUAUGAGUGCAAAAGGAGACUCUUAAAACUGUGUGAGGUUUUGCAGUGUGUGGGUUACUGCCCUGCAUCCUUGGGGCAGAGAGGAGAAGGAAAGUAUAACGUCCUCAGAGUGACAAAGUAGAGCUCAGGAUCCUUUAGACCACUGUGAAAGCCAUUGGCCAUCCUGGACCUCCCUGCAAAUUGUAGGCAGAUUUGGGGCCACGAGCCUUGCAAUACUUUAAUGAUUGUAAUGAAAACCUUGAAACUGUGAUUGUGCCUCACUGCUGUGAUUCCCCCCUUCUGAUUUUGCUUUGAAGCAAUAGAUUUCUAAUCUUUUACCAACUUUCCUUUCAUUUUCUCUCUCCCUCUUUGCAAUGCUUCUGUUUUUCAAGCCAGCCUCUUCACAUAAAUGCAAAAUUUGUUAAUCCACAGCAAUUUUAAAAUCAGAAUAUGUAAGGGAACGAUGUUCACAACCAGGAUAGAUGCAAGUCUAGGUGGUUUGCUUCUUGGUUCAAAAUAUUAAAGAAAUAGGGAUAUUGGCCCAAUCUCAUAUAGAUCUUCAUUUUAACUGAUUUUAUAUUGUGAAUUUUGGAAAUACCUGUUCUCUCUAGAGAGCCUUUCCAAAUCUUGCUUUGCCUGUGAUUUUCAUCAAUCUGUUAACAGGCAACUGUAUAGCAACAAGAGGAAAGAGUGCCACCUUUAAAGAGAGGAGUAGGAUGGCUGUCUUAAGAGAUACUAUUUUUUCUCAGAUGUGGAGGGUUGCAGAUACUGUAGAGUGUCCUAGACUAGUAGUAGAACACUGGGAUUGUUCUUCCUGUAAAUUAAUUUGGUCUUCCACUUUGUAAACCUUUUUGCUAUUAUAUCUGACAGGAUCAAAUCUUUAUCCUGUUGCUAGUGCAAUAUAAGAUGCUUGUCUGUGAAGGCACCUGAUUAAGAAUAAUUUCAAGGAUAUUCAGUUCUCUUCAGGUAAGGUGUAGAACUGCCCACCUCCCAAAACGUAGCAUGAGAUUUAAGCUCGUUAAAACCAUCUGAUGGUGCUGUGUUUAGCCACGUUUAAUAGGUGCCAAGAUGUGCUUUUGGAAAACCAGAAAAUUAUAUCCUCCCCUCUCAACUCUUUAUUAAAACAUAGUAAUCUUUACAGCAGUUCACAGACUGCCAUCCUUGAAGGUAUAAUGAUCUAUUCAGCAGGCACUGGUUAAACUGAACUUUGGCUGCCUUCCUACAUAAACUCCUGUCAGUGUGUCAGAAGUACAAUUUUGGAUAAAUAUAUAUUUAUUUUCAUUUUUUAUUUUAGGUUUUUUAAAAAAUGUUUGAAUUUGUGUUUGUUUUUAGAAGAUUUGUUUUGUUGAAUGACUUGUUCUCUUCCUCCUGUUUAAAAUGUCUAUAAAUGAUCAAGUUUUUUUAAAAACACAGAAUAAGGGUUUUCCUUAUCCUGAAUGUGCAUUAUAAGUCAACUUUUCUAAUCUUUUUUUCACUCUGUUCCCCAUAAAUCUUCAGAGAAGCUUGUUUUGUCAAUCUGUGGUCCAUUCAGUAUCUCUGCGCUGUAUAUAUCACCAGCCUCACCAAACUUCAUUCCAUCUUUUGGAUUUCUAAUGCAGAUGUUUCUCUCUUCUCUUCUCUUCACUUCCCCAUCCCUCCACUAUGGUAUGUGAGCUCUGUUGAGCUGAGGUUGUCUUUUAAUCUUGUGGGAUAUGUGAUGUUCAGAAUAUUGUUGAUGCACCAUAAUGGGUGUUUCACUUAAUUCUAAAGGUCUUUUUCCUUUAAAAAAAGCUUACAAAUUCCUGGAUACAAAGUGUGUAAACUUCCAUGUUGUUUUGUCCUCUGUUAACACACUCUAGGGGAAAAAUAAAGUUGUGAAAUUAAAUAAUCUAGAAAA